AUGCCGCCGCCGACUAGUCCCCUUUUUGCCCAUCUUUUGCCCAAGAACGGGUGCGAUGAAUACUGUCUCGGCGGCGCGGAAUGGUCAACUACUGUCCCCGCGAACCGCGAAAGCGAUGCCAUUGGUUCAAAUUACGAAAAGCAUGCAAAGAGGUCUGUCCCUUUGCAGAUCAAGCAUGCGCGCACGACUGCUUUCUUUGGACCGGCAGAUGAGCGUCCGGAAUACCUUGGAGGAGCAGCAAGAUUGCUGAAACAGAGAGAUGACAGAUUCCUCAGCACCCCGUCGACAUCAUCCCCCGAUCCAGGAUUUGCUGCACAAGCCGAUGGUUGCAUAGUCCGCCAGUUCCUAGUCUUUGCUCGUACUCGGCGAUGCUAUCGAAAUUUCUCCGCUCUCUUCCACUAG